GGAAGAGGAUUUAGACCGCGGCCGCUCGGCUCUGGCGUGGCGGGAGCUGGCUGUCUACGUCCGGUCCCCGUCCGGCUGGAUCUCCGUUCCACAAGCGCCCGGAGCGCGGCUUUUACAUUCGACCACGUUUGUGGUGUCACCUCAGCGGCAGGCGGGAGCGGAGUCCCUCUGCACUUGAGCCACCAGCCGCGAUGCAUGUGAUCAAGCGAGAUGGUCGCCAAGAGCGGGUCAUGUUUGACAAAAUCACAUCGCGAAUCCAGAAGCUUUGCUAUGGACUCAAUAUGGACUUUGUUGAUCCUGCUCAGAUCACCAUGAAAGUAAUCCAAGGCUUAUAUAGUGGGGUCACCACGGUGGAACUAGACACUUUGGCUGCUGAAACUGCUGCGACCUUGACUACUAAACACCCUGACUAUGCCAUUCUGGCAGCAAGAAUUGCUGUGUCUAACCUGCACAAAGAAACAAAGAAAGUGUUCAGUGGUGAGUCUGGGGUCUGCUAUUGCCUCAAUAACUAUAUCUUUCCUCAUCAGCAGAUCUACAGCCCAGUUUUAGUUGAAAACAUUUUAAAAUUAUAUUAUGUGUUUUUCUCCCUUCAGCGCCUGAAUUCAGCCAUUAUCUAUGACCGAGAUUUCUCUUACAAUUAUUUUGGCUUCAAGACCCUGGAACGGUCCUAUUUGUUGAAGAUCAAUGGAAAAGUGGCUGAAAGACCACAGCAUAUGUUGAUGAGGGUAUCUGUGGGGAUUCACAAAGAAGACAUUGAUGCCGCUAUUGAAACGUACAACCUUCUCUCUGAGAAGUGGUUUACCCAUGCCUCUCCCACUCUCUUCAAUGCUGGCACCAACCGCCCACAGCUGUCUAGCUGUUUCCUUCUGAGUAUGAAAGAUGACAGUAUUGAAGGGAUUUAUGAUACUCUAAAGCAGUGUGCACUGAUUUCCAAAUCUGCAGGAGGAAUUGGUGUUGCUGUGAGCUGUAUUCGAGCUACUGGCAGCUACAUUGCUGGGACUAAUGGCAAUUCCAAUGGCCUUGUACCGAUGCUGAGAGUGUAUAACAACACAGCUCGAUAUGUGGAUCAAGGUGGGAACAAGCGCCCUGGAGCAUUUGCUAUUUACCUGGAGCCUUGGCACUUAGACAUCUUUGAGUUCCUCGAUUUAAAGAAGAACACGGGGAAGGAAGAGCAGCGUGCCAGAGACCUCUUCUUUGCCCUUUGGAUUCCGGAUCUCUUCAUGAAACGAGUGGAGACUAAUCAGGACUGGUCCUUGAUGUGUCCAAACGAGUGUCCUGGUCUGGAUGAGGUUUGGGGAGAGGAAUUUGAGAAGCUGUACGAAAGUUAUGAGAAACAGGGUCGUGUCCGCAAAGUUGUCAAAGCUCAGCAGCUUUGGUAUGCCAUCAUUGAGUCUCAGACAGAGACAGGGACCCCGUACAUGCUCUACAAAGAUUCUUGUAACCGGAAGAGCAACCAGCAGAACCUGGGCACCAUCAAAAGCAGCAACCUGUGCACAGAAAUAGUAGAGUAUACCAGCAAAGAUGAGGUUGCAGUUUGUAACUUGGCUUCCCUUGCCCUGAAUAUGUAUGUCACAUUAGAACACACAUAUGACUUUAAGAAGUUGGCGGAAGUCACCAAAGUUACUGUUCGUAACUUGAAUAAAAUUAUUGACAUAAAUUACUACCCUGUCCCAGAGGCUUCCUUAUCAAAUAAACGUCAUCGCCCCAUUGGAAUUGGGGUACAAGGUCUGGCAGAUGCUUUUAUCUUGAUGAGGUAUCCUUUCGAGAGUCCAGAGGCCCAGUUAUUGAAUAAGCAAAUUUUCGAAACCAUUUAUUAUGGAGCGUUGGAAGCCAGUUGUGAACUGGCUAAGGAGCAAGGCCCAUACGAAACCUAUGAAGGCUGUCCAGUCAGCAAAGGAAUCCUUCAGUAUGACAUGUGGAAUGUGACUCCUACCGACCUGUGGGACUGGAAACUUCUCAAAGAGAAGAUCGCAAAGUAUGGUGUGAGAAACAGUCUGCUUAUUGCCCCGAUGCCUACUGCUUCCACUGCUCAGAUACUGGGGAAUAAUGAGUCCAUUGAACCUUAUACCAGCAACAUCUACACUCGCAGAGUCUUGUCAGGAGAAUUUCAGAUUGUGAAUCCCCACUUACUGAAAGAUCUUACUGAGCGGGGCUUGUGGAAUGAAGAGAUGAAAAACCAGAUUAUUGCAUGCAAUGGCUCUAUCCAGAGCAUACCUGAGAUUCCGGAUGACCUGAAGCAACUCUAUAAGACCGUGUGGGAAAUUUCUCAGAAAACCGUACUCAAGAUGGCAGCGGAGAGGGGGGCUUUCAUCGAUCAAAGCCAGUCCCUGAACAUACAUAUUGCUGAGCCUAACUAUGGCAAGCUUACCAGUAUGCACUUCUACGGCUGGAAGCAGGGUUUGAAGACUGGGAUGUAUUAUUUGAGGACAAGACCAGCGGCUAAUCCAAUCCAAUUCACUCUGAAUAAGGAGAAGUUGAAAGAUAAGGAGAAGUCAUCGAAAGAAGAAGAAGAAAAGGAGAGAAAUACAGCAGCCAUGGUGUGUUCUCUGGAGAACAGAGAUGAGUGUCUGAUGUGUGGAUCCUGAGAAGAAGGGCCCAGACGAGACCGACACUUCUUCGCUCAUAGAUGAGUACUUGAGGUGGUUUGGCUGGACUUUAUGACAGAAAAACAAUAAAGAUUUUAUUGUUAAAAAAUCA